AUGGGCAAACUGCCGCAGGAAGCCCCAAGCCACCCUCCGUUGGGAAAUCUGCCCGCUGCCGGGCUCAGCCCCUGGACGGAUUUAAGCACCCCCACCCCGAGCAGCCCCAGCGGUGGUGGCAGUGGCCCUGUCUGUGCCACCAUGGUCACAGCUGGGCUCUUCAUCCUCAGCCUGGGAGGCUCCAUCCUGCUGCCAGCUCUGGCCUCGGCAGGCACCCAGGGGAGCCAGAUCAUCGGGGGAAAGGCGGCAGCACCCCAUUCCCGGCCCUUCAUGGCCUCCAUCCAGAUGGACGGGGAGCACGUCUGCGGGGGCUUCCUGGUGUGGCCCAAGUGGGUGAUGACAGCUGCCCACUGCUUCAUUCCCAGGCGCAGCCCCUCGGUGCGGGUGGUGCUGGGGGCCCAGCGGCUGCAGGAGCCCGAGGAGUCCCAGCAGAUCUUCAGCGUGGUCGAGUCCAUCGCCCACCCUCUCUACAACCUCCGCGCUGCGGACAACGACAUCCGCCUGCUCCGGCUGAACAGGUCGGCCACGCUGAACAAGUACGUGAAGAGGAUCCGCCUGCCCUCCCCACACAUCGACCUGAAACCCGGCACUGUCUGCUCCGUGAUGGGCUGGGGGGACACCUCCAACUUUGGAGACCAGCCCACGGAGCUGAUGGAGACCAACACCACCAUCGUCAAGAGGAACCUCUGCCGGACGCUGUGGAGGGGCAAAGUCUCGGCCAACAUGCUGUGCGGGGCCAGCCGCGACACCACUCUGCAGGGAGUCUGUACCGGUGACUCCGGGGGACCCCUGGUCUUCAAGGACAAGGUUCAUGGCAUCGUCUCUUUCUCUGGGGAGAGAUGUGGGGACCGCCGGUUCCCUGAUAUCUACACCAAGAUCUCCAACUACAUUGACUGGGUGCAUCACGUUGUGCGAAGGUUCCGCCCUCGGGAGGGGUGGCUGAAGCCCUAGGGUGGCUGGGAGUCCUGGGGGCAGGCAGGCUGUGGGAAGAGGGGCUGAGAUGUCUCACAGGAGGGGAGAAGAGGGCCAGAAUUUCCACAUCCUCCAGCUCUGGAGGCGCUGGGAGGUGAUGCUCGGGGUUUCUUGACCCAGGUCAGGGCUGGAGCCCCUCUCUGCCCAUUGGCAAGGGGUGUUAAUGUACCCCCUAGGCUACACCAAAACCCCCCAUACAUCCUCCUGCUGUGGCAAA